AUGGCGGCGACUGUAGAUGAUGAUUUUGACGUUAACAAUCAAGACUUCUACUCUCUGCUCAAUGUCAGGAAAGAGGCCACAUUGGAGGAGCUGAAGGCCUCUUAUCGGAGGCUGUGCAUGCUCUAUCAUCCUGACAAACAUCGAGACCCGGAACUGAAAAGACAAGCUGAACAACUUUUCAACCAGGUUCAUCAGGCAUAUGAAGUACUGUGUGAUGCUCAUUCCAGAGCCAUCUAUGACCUCUUUGGGAAGAAAGGACUGGAGGUUGAAGGCUGGGAGGUGGUGGAGAGGAAGAGGACACCAGCAGAAAUUCGAGAGGAGUAUGAAAGACUACAGAGAGAAAGAGAAGAGAGGAGACUGCAGCAAAGAACAAACCCUAAGGGCACCAUCAGCGUCGGUGUGGAUGCAACAGAGCUGUUUGACAGCUAUGACGAGGACUUUGAAGAGAUGCCAGGAGGAGGCUUUCCUCAUAUAGAAAUCAACAAGAUGCACAUUUCCCAAUCUAUAGAGGCACCUCUGACAAACACUGACACAGCAAUGCUGUCCGGUUCACUGUCCACACACAACGGGAGUGGAGGCGGCAACAUUAACAUGACUAUACGAAGAGUUAUGUCUGCUAAAGGCUGGGGAGAGGUGGAAUUUGGUGCAGGAGACAUUCUGGGACCUCUCAUUGGGUUAAAAGUGUUUCGCAACAUUACUCCACGGUGCUUCCUUACAGCCCACUGCGGCUUGCAAUUCUCUCCUCGAGGCUUGCGACCUAGCUGCUCUCUGAUGACGGCACGCCACCUGGAUCAGAACACCAUGGGUUACCUUCAGUGGCGCUGGGGGCCCAACAGUGCCAUGACAACAAGCCUGGUCCGAGACACAAAGAGCAGCCACUUCACUCUCGCCCUGCAGCUUGGGGUGCCUCUCUCCUACGUGAUGAUGAGCUACCAGUACAAGUUCCAAGAUGAAGAUCAGACCAAAGUGAAGGGCUCUAUCAAGAGUGGCUGGUUUGGCACUGUGGUGGAAUAUGGAGCAGAGAGAAAGAUCAGCCGACACAGUGUUCUGUCAGCCACUGUCAGCAUCGGUGUCCCUCAGGGAGUCACACUCAAGAUCAAGUUGGCCCGUUCCAGUCAAACGUACCUGUUUCCAGUCCACCUGACAGAUCAGUUGCUGCCCAGUGCUGUCUUCUAUGCCACUGUUGGACCUCUUCUGGUGUACAUGGCCAUCCACCGAAUGAUCAUCAUCCCAUACACGCAAGCUCAGAAAGAGCAAGAGCUGGAGCUGCAGAGGAAGAGCUCCGCCACAGACAUCGCCAAAAAGAAGCAGGAGGCAGAAUCUGCUGUUUUGCUGAUGCAGGAGUCUGUGAGGAGAAUCAUAGAAGCAGAAGAAUCCAAAAUGGGUCUUAUCAUCCUGAACGCCUGGUAUGGAAAGUUUGUGUCAGACACGAGCCAGAGGCAGGAGAAAGCCAAGGUGAUUGAUGUGACUGUGCCCCUGCAGUGCCUGGUCAAAGACUCCAAACUUAUUCUCACCGAGGCUUCAAAGGCAGGGUUGCCGGGCUUCUAUGACCCCUGUGUAGGAGAAGAAAAGAGUUUAAAGUUACUGUAUCAGUUCAGAGGUGUGAUGCAUCAAGUCAUCUCUGCAGACGCUGAGGCACUACGGAUACCCAAGCAAUCUCACAGAAUUGAAUCGGAGUCCUAG